CAGUAAACAAACAGAAGAAAAGUAGCUAUCCUGCUACACACGUGUGUGUCAAAAUGGGGAAAAGGAAGCAGAAAAAACAGGAUUUGAGCAGUUUAACGAAAAAACAAAAGAAACAUUUAAAAGAGUUUGGAGAGCAACAUCCAUUUCAUGAUAAUGUCACUGAGAGGCCUGAGAAAACGCAAGUUAUGCGCUUGCCCGACAGUCCGGUGUACUCCGGGGCCGACAGCGACGAAGACGAUGAGGAUGAAAAGCCGUCUGCGUAUGAACGGCUGCUAUCAACUUUGAACCACGCCGAGCAGGACAGCGAAGAUGAGGAGAGCGAUGGUGACGAUGACGACGUGGAAGAAGAAGAUCUGGUCAGCUCGAACGAAGAGGUAGAUGUUGCAGCACAAAGCGAAGAUGAGGAUGAAGACGGAAAAGUGAAUGGAGCCCCUGCUAAUUCUGCAGAUGAAGAACCCUUGGAAGGAAGAAGGAAGGGAGUUGACGAGGACUUCACAGACCAGGUGCAGGAAGCAGAGUUCUGCCUGGAGACAAACCUUCCAGAGGGGGAGCAGGAGGGGCUGGAGAAGGCGGAGCAGUGCUUUGAGGAAGAUACAUUUGUGAAGCACCAGGAAACGGAGCUAAGUGAAGCAGAGGUCAAGAUGAUCUCAGAGGGCUCUAAAAUCAAGACUCAAGUGAAGUGGCCCAGGCUGGGCACACUUCAGUGCGUGAGCACCCUGGAGCGGUUUCCCUCAAUGGGCCAGGCUCCCCCUAUGCCCCUCCCUCCCUUCCACAAGGCACUGGAGCCAAACUGGCGGUCUCUGAACCGCUCCUCCCAGCCCGGCGUAGACGGGCCGGACCUCACAGACCUGCAGAGGGAGCUGCUCAGACUCAUGGGGUCCUACAGGGACGUGUAUUUCCCAGAAUGCUCUCCCCUGACGGAGGGGCCAGAGGUCCGUCGGGUGUACUGCCUCCACGCCCUCAACCACAUACUGAAGGCCAACUCCAGGGUCCUCGCCCACAAUGUCCGGCUGAAGGAGGCGAAACGGGCGGAGGAGGAGGAGGAGGAGGAGAUCAGGGACCAGGGUCUUACCCGGCCCAAGGUCCUGAUCCUGGUGCCGUUCCGAGACAGCGCACUGCGGGUUGUGCAGACCUUCAUUGCGCUGCUGGAGCCUGAGGGGAAGAAGAUUGACGUGAGCCACAAGAAGAGGUUCCGGGAUGAGUAUGGCGAGGAGCCCACUGACAGACCGCCCAACCUGCGCCGGCCAGACGACUACCUCGCCGUGUUCUCGGGCAACGUGGACGACCACUUCAGGAUAGGCAUGUCCAUCCUGAAGCGCAGCCUGCGCCUCUACUCGCCCUUCUACUCGUCCGACGUCAUCAUCGCAUCGCCACUGGGCUUGCGCACCCUGCUGGGCGCGGAGGGCGAGCCCCGGCGCGACUUCGACUUCCUGUCCUCCAUUGAGCUGCUUGUCGUCGACCAGGCAGACGUGUUCCUCAUGCAGAACUGGGAGCAUGUGCUGCACGUGCUGAAGCAUAUGAACCUGCAGCCGCUGGACUCGCACGGCGUGGACUUCUCGCGCGUGCGCCUGUGGAACCUGAACAACUGGGCGCACCACUACAGACAGACACUGAUGUUCAGCGCGGUCCAGGAACCACAGAUUAACAACAUCCUCUCCAACCACUGCCACAACUACAGGGGGCAGGUCACUACUAAGAACCUUCCCAAAGUAGGAUCCAUCUGCCAGGUAACCGUGCAGCUGCCACACGUGUUCCACAUGUUUCAGGCCGACAGUUUCAAGGACCAGGACGCCAGGUUCCAGUUCUUCGUGAACAAGGUCCUUCCCCAGUUCAGGGACUCGGUCAUGUCCCACACACUGGUCUACGUGCCAUCCUACUUCGAUUUCGUGCGCUUGCGCAACCACCUGCGGAAGGAGGAUGUGAGCUUCGCCUGCAUCAGCGAGUACUCGCCGCGCUCGGAGGUCUCGCGAGCUCGCCAUUUCUUCCAGAAAGGAGACAAGCAGCUCCUGAUCUUCUCUGAGAGGUUCCACUUCUACAAGAGGUACACAAUAAAAGGCGUCCACAACCUCAUCUUCUACGCCCUGCCCACCUACGCCCACUUCUACAGCGAGGUGUGCAACAUGCUACAGACGGGCACCCGAGAGGGCGUGGCGGCCACCUCCCUCACCUGCACCGCGCUGUACUCCCGCUACGACGCGCACAGGCUGGCGUGCGUGGCGGGCGCCGAGCGCGCCGCCCACAUGCUCCGCUCCGAGAAGGCCGUUCACCUGUUCGUCACCGGAGAGGAAAAGUCCGCGUGAAAGGGCGGAGGGGGAGGCGCGGUCUCGAGGAGGAGCGGCAGCCACACAGCAGCGUUUCGCGCCUCCUGCCGUCUGGACAUGUUGGUUCAGCCCGUUGAAGCUUGGAGGAUGAGGGUGACCGAAUAUAGCCAACACUCGUUUUGCUGCUGUGUUCCUUAAAAAAAGUGCGUUGUGAGUGCAUCGUGGGAUUGAAUCCCAGCUGCAAAAGGAGGACAGCGGAAAGGGCGGCCUAAGCACAGCUAGAACCAUGCGGAUAUGCAGAUAUCCACGUUGUGGUAAUGAGUCCAGAAAGAAAACAGGUGUAUUGCUGUGCAGUCAGAGGAAUGUCAGCCAGUGUUGUACCGCAUUAUUAGUGCUUUGAACCUGAUGAAGCAACGUAAAAACAAGUGCUUUUUUAAAAUCUGGUUUUCGAAUGAAAAAUAUCUAGAACAGAA